CAGAGAGGCUAAGGGUAUGUGUGCCAGGAUGUGAAACUAGACCUCCUAACUGUGAAUCUAGUACCCUUUCCACUGUGCAUUGCUGUCUCAAAAAGAAAAAGAAACAUUGGUCAAACAGUCCUUAAGCAAGAGUUUAAACUGCCCUCUACCUUCCCUGAAUGAAGUCACAAAAAUGGGCCUUGGGUACCAAGGAUAGAGAAUCUGGUCAUUCCAGAUGGCCCCGAGUUCACAACAACCCAAGCUCUUAAAGGUCAAGACCAGCUUGGAAAAAAGAAAACCCUUCUCCUUCCAAGAACUGUGACCACUUUGGGUUGUGGACAUUCGGCUUAGCCUAACAGAUGUUUAUUAAGCAUAUACUCUGCACCAUAGAGUAUGCUAGAUGCUAGGGAUACAAAAACAGAAAUAAGACCGUCUCUGUCUUCAAAGAAAUCAGAAACAUCAGCUAACCUACUUAAGUACAGGAUCGUAGACCAGCAGAGCCCUCAAAUUAGCCCUUGGCUCCAGGGGCUCCAGAAGCAACACAUCUUGUUCUUAUGGGAUUAUACCUCUAUCAGGAUUGUGGCCAUGACUGGAGCAGUUGUUUCUGUGGAGACCAUGCCUACCUUCCUGAUUGUGGUCUGGGAAAGCCUAACUUUACUUCUCCUUCCUCAACUAACAUCGCACCUUUCUUCCUCUUUCUUUCAUGCAGUUAAAUUUUCACUUAGUCUUGGCUAAUACAAAGACAAUUCACUGCUUAAGUAAUGUAACUUAUGACCUAUGGGAUCUUGGGCAAAUGUCUCGAUCUCUGUGGACUUGUUACUCAUCUAUAUACUAAAGGGUUUGGACUACAUGAUUUCUAAAGCCCAUUCAGCUCUAAAUCUAUGAUUCAUGAUCCGACAUCCUCCCCAAUAAAUAUUUAUUGAUGGCUUCAUAUGUAAGACGCUGUACUAAGGCUUGGGAGAUUCCAAAAAGUGUCCAAGAGAUUUCCACUAUAAUUGGAGAAAUAAAAUGUAUGGUUAAUUUUUCAUAGGUACAGUGUCAAUGGGUAUCAAAUUUGUGGCAGACAUGUGGUAUCAGAGUUCCUAGGAGGGAGACGAUACCCUGGGCUGGGGUGGUCUGGGAGGGUAUCCUAGAAGUGGGAUUUGAGAAAAGCAACCAUCAGGUAGGUAGGAGAAAGGAUGUUACAUGCCAAAUGAGCAAUGUGUACAAGUUAAGUCAUCAAGCAUCUAUAUUAAAGAGCAGGGAGGUGACUCAAUGGAUAGAGAGGCCUACUAGUUUCAAAUCUGGCCUCAGACAUUUCCUGGCUGUAUGACCCUGGGCAAGUCACCUAACCCCCAUUUGCCUAGCCCUUACCCUUCUUCUGCCUUGGAACUGAUAUUUAGUGUCAAUUCUAAGAUGGAAGGUAUGGUUUAAAAAAACAAACAAACAGAAGUAUCUAUUAAGUGUUUAUUAUGUCUCAGGCACUAUGCCAGGCACUAGGUAUACAGAUAUAAGCAGAAAGAGAAAAUUCCUGCCUACAAAGACCUUCUCUUCUAAAAGGAGAAAACAACACAUAUAUGGAUCUGAAAAACAAUUGGAGGUUUGGGGAGAAGGUCAGAGUCAAUAAUGGAGCUCAAAGAAGAAUGAAGACAUAGCUGGCCUGGGAACUUUCCUUAAAAUGGAAGGUCUAGAAGAAACUAGAAGAAGGGACCAAAGGCAUAGACUCAAUUUCCAGUGUGAUGACAGAGUCAAAGUAAAUUUCCAGAGAGAGGAAACCAUAAGGGAAGAGUGAGCUUCCAGGGUGGAAAGGCCACAAUGGAAAAGGUCUGGAGAGUGAAAAGAAGAACCUGGAGAGAAAUGGAGACAUGCCUGUCUUGGCUGUACAAACCCAAAGGAGAUGGGUUGGGCAUGUUUGAGUGCCAAGUUUAAUAGGCUUUUUUGUUUGGAGUACAGGAAUUGUAAAGCAUAUUUUAGGAGAAAGCAUUGGAGGGAGAGUUUGAGGCCAGAAUAUAGAGAGCCUGGCGUCCUAGAGAGAGAAGUUUCGAUUUUAUAUUACAGAUACUGAGAGAUUUCAAAUUAGCCUUGACCGCUUUGAGCUUUUAUAACCUAAUAAUAGGAUCUGAAGCCUGAUAGUUUAUGCAUUUUUUAAUUUGGAAGUAAGGAUGUCUCAUCCUUAGGAACAGUCAUUUUAGACAAGUAUUGUAUGAUGAAGCAUAAAGAACUAAAAGGAUGGGGCCAAAGGUCUUGGGUUUGAAUGAUGCCUCUGUUAGUUAGCAUUUACAUCACCUUGGGAAAUCACUUUACUUUUCUGGGACUUUUUUCCUGAUCUCAAAAAAUGAGAGAGUUGGAAUAAAUAAUUCUAAGGUACCUUUCAGCUUAAAAUCUAUGUUCCUGGGAUCUUUUUUUUUUUUUCUGUUUCCAUGUUAUGAUAAUGAAGUGAGGGCAAUCAGAGAGGAGAAAGGUUCUGGACCCUUUGUCUUCUUACUUCAAUUCUCUGAUGCCCAUAUGUUGCCCACCCUCCUAGUAUGUAAGCUCCCUGAGUGCAGGGUAUACUUUACUUUUCUCUUUGGAUCUCCAGUGCCUAACACAGAGUAGGCAUUUGACAAGUGUUUGUUGAUUGAUCAUAUUUAUUUUCCACAUAUUUGAAGAAAUCACAAAGAAUCCUGGAAGGAUUUUAGCUUCCACUCAUCACAUGGAAAAAGACCUGUCUCAUAGGAAUUUGUUGUUGUUAUUGUUGUUGGAUGGCUGGUCAUUUUUUAAAAUAUGCAUUUGGACUAACUUGCAUUUUCUCAUUUGUAAAUGGAAGUGACUAACUCAGGGUAGCAUUUAGUAACAUGUUUUGUGUUCGCACGCCACGUCUGUUGCUCUGUAGGUUAAAAACCACAGCCUUGUUUCCUCUUUUUGACUGUGAGGAAAGCUCUGUCUGCCACCAUCUGCUUUUCAAAUAACUUCACUCCCAGGAAAAGACAGCAUCUCUCCCCCUCCCCAUGGGGCCUGUCCCAGUUGUGGCAACUUCUGUUCUCCUCUUUCUGACUGAGCUCAGCACUGGCCAGAGAAGAGUAACAGUUCAGAAAGGACCACUGUACCGGGCCAAAGGUUAUCCAGUCAGCAUUGCAUGUAAUGUAACUGGCCACAAAGGACCCUCUGAGCAGACUUUCCAAUGGUCCAUUUACCAACCAGAUAAGCCAGAAAGAGAGAUACAGAUAAUCAGUACCAAGGACCGUACCUUCACUUAUGCCUUCUACAGCCUUCGAGUUCAGACUGGUGACAUCUAUGUGGAGAGGAUCCAAGGAAACUCAGUCUUGCUUCAUAUUGGAAAGCUCCAACCCCAGGAUGCUGGCAAGUAUGAGUGUCAUACACCCUCCACUGAUGGUAACUUCUUUGGGAGCUACAGUGACACCGUGAACCUAAUCGUGAUUCCAGAUACCCUUUCUGUGACCAUGAGUCCUCAGACUCUCAACAGAGAGGAAGGAGAAUCAUUAGCACUUACCUGUGAGGUCUCUAAGGCCACAACUCAACAUACCCACCUCUCUGUCUCCUGGUACCGGCUUCCGGAAGGAGGAGGAAAUCAAGCCACCGAGAUCAUUUCCCUGUCCAAAGAUUUUAUCCUGAUCCCCGGAUCCUCCUACACAGAGAGGUUUUUAGCAGGGGAUGUGAGGCUAGACAAAACCGGGAAUACAGGCUUCAGAUUGUCCAUAGGGAGAUUGCUGCCUGUGGAUCAGGGCCAGCUCUUCUGUGAAGCCACUGAAUGGAUUCAGGACCCUGAUGAGACAUGGACAUUUAUCACUCGGAAACAGACAGACAAAGCUACAGUGAUGGUCCAACCUGAAGAUAGAGAUUUUCAAGUUAACAUUUCUGUGGUAAGUUCCUUUGCCAUAGGGCAACCGUUGCGAUUGAUCUGCUCACUGUUGUCCAAGAGCAAGCAGAACCAAAGAUUGCAGGUGGUCUGGUACCUGAAUGAUACUGACAUUGGCAGUAUUGAUGCCAGUGGUGUUCUGGACUUAAAGAAAGACUAUGAAGAAAGAGCCAACCUGGGGGAGCUCCAGGUAUCGAAGAUCAACCCAAAGGCUUUCACCUUCACCAUCUCCUCCAUGGGUCCUCAGGAUGAAGGUGUAUACAGGUGCGAGGUGGCAGAGAUGGCGAGCUCUCACACGGACUUUUUAGGGCGUACUCAGACAAAGCGAUUUGCAGAUAUCAAUAUACAGCUCCGAAAGCCAACAGCCAAAAAUAUGGAACUAUCGAUGGAGAAUGGAAAGAGAUUGGUAUGGGAGGGAGAGACCCUAAUUUUUCGCUGUAAGGUGAAUGGAGCAGGCAAUCCUCUGUCAGUCGUCUGGAGGCAUAUUCCGGUCAACCUACAGCAGCCAGAGCUCAUAGGUAGCCUGGAAACAGAUGGCAUUGUACACCUGGGCCCUUCCUACAAAGACCGUGGCAACCGUGGCUGUAUACGAUUGGAGAAAGAGAACAUGACAACAUUCCGACUGGAGAUCUUCAACGCCUUAAUGACAGAUGGUGGGGCUUAUGAAUGCAAAGUGACGGAGUUCCAGAGCAAGAAUGGAGGUUUGAGCUGGGCUCAGAAGACUUCAGUCACCCUGAACCCUCUAAAUUCAGGUUUGCAUGUGACUCUACAUAGCCGCCAACCCAACGUCAAAUUAGGUGAUACCGCUGACCUGUCCUGCAUCAUCCGUUCCGACUAUUCCUCCCUGAAGGUGCCAAUAACCGUAACCUGGCGAUUUCAACCCCGGGGAUCGUUAGAUUACCAGCGACUAGUCACAGUCACUCACAACGGCACCAUUGAAUGGGGUUACUCCCAAGUGCAGUGGCAAAAGAAAAUCAGGAUUUCACAAUCUUCUCAUUCUCAACUCCUAAUCCAUGAUGCCACAAAAGAAGACACAGGAAUAUACCAAUGUCAAGUGGAAGCCUACCGGAGAGAAACACAACAUACUUAUGGCCCAACUAGGGUAGCAGCCAUGGUAGUCUCUCACCCACUAGGGAUAAAUAUUACUUUGCCAGAUAGUCAACUGAUGGUGAAAUCAGGCAGUCAAGUCCAAGAGAUCUCCAUCAACAUGGAAGCUGAGAUCAAAUGUAGCAUCAUAUCCCAAACAAAAGGAAAGAUUAAAGUUAGUGUCACUUGGUAUUUCCUCCCCCUUUCUGGUGGAACUUCGUGGUUAAAGAUCCUGAAGACCAAUCAAGAUGACAUUGUCCAAUAUGGAGACGAUCUUCACACUCUAAGGAGGAAACAGAAAUUUCACAGUGAAAAGAUUUCAAAGGACUUGUUUCAGCUUCACAUUCUGAAUAUGGAUAACAGUGACCAGGGGACAUAUCACUGCACUGUGGAAGAGUGGUUAUGGACCACAGGUGGCUCUUGGUAUAAGCUUGGAGAAAAAGAAUCAGAAAAGACAGAAUUAAAACUCAAGUCUAUAGGAAGUAAACUAAAUGUUAUGAAAACAAAUUACACUGUGACAACUCCUGAGCACAAAGAUGUUGCCAUCAACUGUAGUCUGGAGAAUCCAGGCAAUUCAGAGUCCCUUUUCUCUGUAGUUUGGUUCUUUAAGGAAGAGCAUUCUGGAGUUACAAUUCUAGCAGAGAUGCAACAUGACAAUAUCCUCAAGUAUGGAAAGGAGGAAUAUGGAGAAAAACUGCAUUGCUAUCGCUCAUCGGCUGGAGAUUUUGUACUGAAACUUCAAAGUGUGGAGAUGACGGAUAGUGGGACAUACUGGUGCAAUGUGGAGGAAUGGCAACUCCAUGCAAAUCCCAGCAAAUGGGUCAGCCAGGCAUCUGACGAGUCAGGACGCACACAGCUCAUGGUGCUUCAUUCAGAGCCCACAUUUUCUUCCAGGAUUUGUUCAUCAUCACUUUUAUUACACGUCCUGGUUAUCUAUCCCUUUAUUAUUUUCAUUCCCCUCCUCAUUUUCACACUCUACUUCUACAGGAAGACCAAGAAGUUUUCUCUACAGAGUUCUAAAGCCCAGAAAGAAAAGGCUCUCUGGGUGGACUUGAAAGGGGCUGAAGGAAACAUCCUGAACUAUAAUGGCUAUAAGAGUGAUGAGAAGCCAGAGGAGGAGGAGGAAAAUGAAAUCAAUUGAAUGCUGAAAGGAGUCCCUGUCUGGAAAUAUUCAUAUGGACUGAAUCACUCUUAAUUGUACUUGUGGUGUAUAUUUUUUUCCACCCUUGAUAACGUCAGGCUAUCUACUGUCAGUUUCCUUGGUCCUUGUGGCAGUAGGAAUUUACUCAAAUAACACAGCAGAAGGAAAUAGAUAUAUUUUCUUCACUUAUUUCAUAUACAUGAAUUCUGAUUCUUCUCCUAAACCAUAAGCUUCUUAAAGGCAAGAAUUCCAUUUCCUAUUUCCCUUAUUCCCUCCAAAUUGUGAUGACCUCUGUGUAUAGUGCUUGAUCAAUGGGUAUUCUGAGGUAGGUAUAGAAUGGGGGAAGAAAUGGUGUUGAAAAUUAGGUAUAGGAUUUAGAGCUAGAAGGGACUUUAAAUAACAACUCGUCAAAACUUCCAAAAAUGGAAAUUAAAUGACUUCCCCAUAGUAACACAGAUAAAUAAGGAGUAGAAUCAUUAUUUGAAACCAUAUCCUCCCACCACAAAUUCAGUACUCUUAAUGGACUAAAUUUUCUUGUAGUUCAAGGCUAGUCAAAAUACUCUAUGAUUUUGGUUUGGGGUGGGGUUGGGGUGGGGAUUUAAAAAUUUUGUACACUGAGUGACCUCAGGAAAACUAUCCUAAUGAUAUCAUUCUUGUUGACUUAAUAAGACCUGAGAUCAAGGCAAGAAGGAAGGGCAACAGUACCACCCACUAACCUUUUCCUCUUCCAAAUGGGGGCCAUGAACUUGAGGAAACAAAUAAAAUGGGUAGAUCAAAUGUUAUUGCUUGAAGCCUUUUGUUCUUGACCAAUCAGUACUUACUACAUGGAAAUAGUUGGGCCAGAUGCCAGAAAACGUUAUGAUCUGGGACUUAUAAUGACUUCUCAGAGUAAAAAGGGUUCCCAAAGCUACUAGGACCAAAGCCCCCUAAAAUCUAUACUCCCUGAUUAGUCCUAAGCAAAACCAACUAGAGAUAAUAUUUAAAACAAUUUUUUUUUGUAGUGGCAAAUAACUGGAAACAGGUGCCCAUCACCUGGGGAAUGGUUGAACAAAUUAUAGAAUCUGAAUGUGAUGCCAUAAUAAAUGAUGAAAACGGUGGUUUUAAAGAAAUUUGGGAAGACUUGUAUGAACAGAUGCAAAGUGAACUAAGCAAAACCAAGAGAACUAUUUACACAGUAACAACAAUAUUGUAAAGACAAACAACUUUGAAAGACUCAAGUAUUCUGAUGAAUGCAAUAAUCAGCUAUGACUCCAGAGGAUUUAUGAUGAAACAUGCUGGUUCCUUCUUGAUAGAGAGAACAGAUUCCAUGCAGAUUGGGACUUUUUUUGAGAUAUAUGGCCAAUAUAGGACUAUGUUUUUUUGGUUUUGGUUUUUUCUUGACUAUACAUAUUUGUUAAAAGGGUUUUCUUUUCUUUCUUUCUUGGGGUUCAAGGAGGUAGAAAAGAGAGAAGGCAUAUUUUCAUUGAUUGAAAAAAAUGAAAUUUAAUUAAAAAAACUCUUUGUCCCUUAGAUGAACUAUAAGAACUGUCAAGAGGCUGUUACAGCAGACUGAAUAGAUAGCUUUAAGUCCAAUGUAUAACAAACAGACUUAAGAGAAUCAGUCUAUUUACUGCCUCUGUAGGCAGCACGGUUGCUUUAAUGCAGGGCAAUUUGCAUUUCCAAGGAGAGCUAUUUAUUUUUAAUUAUUUUAUCAGGCAAAAGUCCUUUCUAAAUGUAAUUAGCUCCUUUGCAAGGGAGUCAUUGGCAGCAGUAAGAAUUCCCCAGUAGAACCGCUGGUUUCUUAAAUUCAUCCCUUUAUAGCCUCAUCUAAAGACAUGUCGAUGGCAACAAAUAUAUUAUUCUUCUCUCACAGAUAGGGGAAACGCAUUCUAUAGAUCAAGUUACAGAGAAAUCAAGAAGAAGGCAAGGUAGAUAUAUUUCUAGAAAGUCAAGGCUUUUUUGUUUUGUUUUGUUUUCAUGGGAAGAGGCUGAUCAUUGGAAUAAUGGGAUAAUUAUUUCACUCAAAAGAUACAGAUGUGGUAGGAACCCUAGGUGUCAGCUGACCCAAAUACCCUUAUUUUUACAGAUGAGGAAAUUAGAGCCCAGACAGGUGAAGGACUUGUACAAUGAUAGAGUAGAAAGAAACAAAGCUGGGAAUUGAAUUCCUUUUACUAGUCUUCCUUUUAGCUUCCUAUAGUCUAAUUCAUGCUAUAAUUAGAUGGAUAUAUCCUUUUUUUGUAUUGCAGAGGAUUUUUCAUGAUGUGCCCCUUCCAUUACAAAAGAAAUCCCCCCAAAACAAGAAAUCUUACCUUCUAUCUUAGAAUCAGUACUAAGUAUCAGUUCUAAGGCAGAAGAGCAGUAAGGACUAGCCAAUGGGGAUCAAGUGACUUGCCUAGGGUUACACAGCUAGGAAAUGCCUGAGGACAAAUUUGAACUCAGAACUCAUCUCUAAGCCUGAUUCUCAAUCCCCUAAGCCACCUAGCUUUUCCUACUCCUUCCAUUUUAAGCUAUAUUCUAUCAGUGUUUGUUUUAUGCAGUUAUUAUGUUUGGCAUUAUCUGACUUAUGGUGUGUUAGGAUAUGAUUUGUAAAAUCAUCAUUGUUAUAGGAUGCUACAAUAUCUAAUAAAUAUAGUAGCUUAUACUUGACUUUCUAUUGUUACCAUGAGAAGACACAGAAUUUAGCAAUACCCUAAAGGCACAAGCUUUGUCAGUGAACACAGCACAUUUUUUCAUCCAUAAAUUUUCAUCAUAAAGUUUUACUUCAAAGUAAAAUCAUCAUCAAUUUUUUUGUGUCAAUUGACACUCCAGUGCAGAGUGGAGCAGAGGGAUAGGCAGGAUGAGAAUUAAACCAAAUCACCAUCAGAACUGGCCUUCCAUUUAAAAUUUGAUUUAUCUUUUUGAAGUGUGUCUUUUCUAUUUAUAUUUGAUUAGCUUAUUAGAUAUUUGGCUCAGGGCUUUGGAACUGCUGCUUUUUUGGAGCUCUUUUCUUUUCAUUCUGCUAUGCCUUUGGGACUGUCAUAUUCCCUGAUUUUACAGUUUUCCUCUCUCUGAAUUUUGUCUUUCAGUUACUCUACCCUGCAAUGUUAGUUUAGGAACCAUGUUCUGCUCAUUCAUGUCUUUUCAAUAAAGGCUUGGUAAUGAACUCGGGGAAGUUAUUUCCAUAGUUUCCCAUUCUUCUUCAUCCUUCCCCUUCUUCCUAAGUCACUUGGUUCUCUCAAUUGACUGUGAUAACAUGUGUGAAUUUUAGAUUUACUCCACCCUGCUUAGUCUUAGAAUUCUAGCAACCAGGAAUGUAUACACCCCUACUUAAGGAUUAAGUGUUGAGGAGGAUGGCCUAUGACAAUAUGUGUUAACACGUGACAAAUCAGGAACAACUGACAGACCCCCUGGGCUGUCCUAAGCCAAGCUUAAGCUACCAUUGUGUAUGCGAGACGCAGGAAGUGAUGUAAAGAACUGUCUAAAUAUUUCGGGUCUCUAUCUCUCUGGCUCUCUUGCUCUUGCUCUCUCAUGAGGAGGCUUUUUCCCAAAGCCCCUUCUUGGGGGCUCUUUCAGCUUUGGGAGCUUGUGGCAGCUUUCUUAGCAUGCUUGGUGAGUGGUUUGGGCUGAUUCCUCUUAUCCUUUAGCUCCUAAAGUGCUAUUCUCCUGGGAGGCCCCUCAUCUCAGAGGAGGCCUCAUGGCUGGAAGCCAAGCUAUAUUGAGAAGGCCUAGGCCACUGAACUCCUAUCUGGCUUGCCAGAGCAGUCCAAUUCCUUUUCCUCUCUCUCUUCUUAAUUUCUUCCCUCUAUUGUAAUUAAACCACUAUAAAAAUCCAAAACUGACUUGAGUAUUUUAUUGGGAUUGAAUUUUAAUCCCUGGCAACCACUAGUAUAAUAUAUUCAGUCAACAACCCUAAUUUUACUCCUUAACAGUCUGGCUAAUCCAUGAAGGUUGUGAAGAGUACCCUCAAAUCUCUGUGAAACUUUUCUUUCCUCUUUCUUUAUUACCUUCUUAAGUCAGUCUUUUAAGCAUCUAGCUCAACAGUUCAAAACACAGCUGUGAUAUCAGGUGAGUAUAAAACAUUUUUUUCUUUUCUCUUUUCUCCUUAAUUUGAAUUGAACACAGCCAUUUUUUUACCUUAAUUUUACCCCUUAACACAUGUGGUCUUUCAGAGGUGGUGAACAUUACCUAGAGGGUGUUCUCUGUGGAUCAUGGAUCAGUAUCAAAUGUGAAUAAAAUCUUCCUUUCUGACUAAGCUAUUUGAUGAAUAUUUAUUAAAUGCAUCCUUGAAAUCCAGUGUGAUAGAGUUGACCUCAGAGUCAAGAAGACAUGAGUUCAAGUCCCACCUCUGGCACAUACUGUGUGACUGUAGGUGAGCCUUUGAACCUCUCCAUGUUCCAGGCCAUUCUCUCUAAGAUUUAAAGCCUUAAAACAAUUGGUGAGCUAUAUUAGACAAGUCUCCUCAUUGGGGGUUCCCCA